GCGAGGUGGGGGGGAGCGCGGCGGGCGGCAGGGAGGGAGCGGGAGGGAGGCAAGAAAGUAGCAGAAAGUGAGGCUGGCAGGCGGCGGCAAAGGAGCCGGCGCGCGGCGGCGGCAGGAAGUCUGUGCCCGAGAACAGCAGAAAUAAGAGCCAGGGAGGGACCGCGGCGGCGGCGGCGAGAGCGAAAGAGGAAACUGCAGAGGAGGAAGCUGCGCCGCAGCCCGAGCCGCCCGGCAUCCCCGCCGCCCCUGCGCCCGCGCCGCGCCCCCGGUGCCCCCUCCCCAGCGCGCCCCCGGCCGCUCCUCCGCGCCGCGCUCGUCGGCCAUGGCCCGGGAGAACGGCGAGAGCAGCUCCUCCUGGAAAAAGCAAGCUGAAGACAUCAAGAAGAUCUUCGAGUUCAAGGAGACCCUCGGAACAAAUGAGGUCUCACUGUGUUGUUGCCCAGCUGGUCUCUUGAACUCCUGGCCUCAAGCGAUCCUCCUGCCUCGGCCUCCUGAAGUGUCAGGAUUACAGCUCGGGGCCUUUUCCGAAGUGGUUUUAGCUGAAGAGAAGGCAACUGGCAAGCUCUUUGCUGUGAAGUGUAUCCCUAAGAAGGCGCUGAAGGGCAAGGAAAGCAGCAUAGAGAAUGAGAUAGCCGUCCUGAGAAAGAUUAAGCAUGAAAAUAUUGUUGCCCUGGAAGACAUUUAUGAAAGCCCAAAUCACUUGUACUUGGUCAUGCAGCUGGUGUCCGGUGGAGAGCUGUUUGACCGGAUAGUGGAGAAGGGGUUUUAUACAGAGAAGGAUGCCAGCACUCUGAUCCGCCAAGUCUUGGACGCCGUGUACUAUCUCCACAGAAUGGGCAUCGUCCACAGAGACCUCAAGCCUGAAAAUCUCUUGUACUACAGUCAAGAUGAGGAGUCCAAAAUAAUGAUCAGUGACUUUGGAUUGUCAAAAAUGGAGGGCAAAGGAGACGUGAUGUCCACUGCCUGUGGAACUCCAGGCUAUGUUGCUCCUGAAGUCCUCGCCCAGAAACCUUACAGCAAAGCCGUUGACUGCUGGUCCAUCGGGGUGAUUGCCUAUAUCUUGCUCUGCGGCUACCCUCCUUUUUAUGAUGAAAAUGACUCCAAGCUCUUUGAGCAGAUCCUCAAGGCGGAAUAUGAGUUUGACUCUCCCUACUGGGAUGACAUCUCUGACUCUGCAAAAGACUUCAUUCGGAACCUGAUGGAGAAGGACCCGAAUAAAAGAUACACAUGUGAGCAGGCAGCUCGGCACCCAUGGAUCGCUGGUGACACAGCCCUCAACAAAAACAUCCACGAGUCCGUCAGCGCCCAGAUCCGAAAGAACUUUGCCAAGAGCAAAUGGAGACAAGCAUUUAAUGCCACGGCCGUCGUGAGACAUAUGAGAAAACUACACCUCGGCAGCAGCCUGGACAGUUCAAAUGCAAGUGUUUCGAGCAGCCUCAGUUUGGCCAGCCAAAAAGACUGUGCGUCUGGCACCUUCCACGCUCUGUAGUUUCAUUUCUUCUUCGUCGGGGGUCUCAGGAGUUGGAGCCGAGCGGAGACCCAGGCCCACCACUGUGACGGCAGUGCACUCUGGAAGCAAGUGACUGGCCCUGGAGGUGGGGCCCGGGGGCGGGGCUGGGGAAGGGGAGCCCCAGGGUCGCCAGUGCCGCGAGCCACUCCAGCGAGACCCCACCUUGCAUGGUGCCCCUUCCUGCAUAGGACUGGAAGACCGAAGUUUUUUUAUGGCCAUAUUUUCUACUGCAAUUCUGAAGUGUUCAUUUCUCACAAACUGUACUGACUCGAGGGGCGCUGAUUUCAUAGGAUCUGGUGCUGUAUAUACGAAUCUUGCAAAGCUCUAACUGAAUGGACCUUCUUAUUCCUCUCCCCCAACGCCAUCGUUUCCACUCUUCUCAGUGUAGGUAAUCGUCUAUGGUGUGUUUUUUCAUUAAUGACAAAAAAAAAAGGUUUCAACUGGAUUAUUUAAAUAUUGGUAAAUAUUGUGCAUUAGGGUUUGUUUUUCCUUUUAAGAAGUAUGUCCUUUGUAUCUCUAAGUUACAUGACCUAUAUCUUUUCCUCUUUAAUAGUAGUUUUAUGUUAACCUUUAAGUGAUUUGUUUUUCCUCCAAGGAGAAUUUAAAGGUAUUUUUAAAAAUUCUAAUAAGAGGAUCAGCCGGGUGCAAUGACUCAUGCCUGUAAUCCCAGCACGUUGGGAGGCCAAGUCGGGCGGAUCACGAGGUCAGGAGAUCAAGGUCAUCCUGGCCAACAUGGUGAAACCCCAUGUCUACUAAAAAUGCAAAAAACUAGCCGGGCGUGGUGGCACACGCCUGUAGUCCCGGCUACUCGGGAGGCUGAGGCAGGAGAAUUGCUUGAACCCGGGAGACGGAGGUUGCGGUGAGCCGAGGUCGUGCCACUGCACUCCAGCCUGGGCGACAGAGCAAGACUCUGUCUCAAAAAAAAAAAAAAAAAAAAAUUCUAACAAGAGGAUCAAGAAUCUGUCUCCGAGGCUAAGAGUGCACUUCACCUCUACUCCUUCUCUUUCUCUCCCGUUCCCUGGGAUGAGGGGCCCCUCAGUUCUGCGAGGCUCUCUUCUCUGCGGGGGGCUUUGGUAGAGAAUCUGCACAGAACUUUUGCUGGCAACCCAUCCAGCAGAACCCGCACCCACCAGAGACCCUAGAGGCCUCUUGCCAUCAGCAACCAGAAAUAAAGAAGCCUGCUCCCCCGAGACGCAGGGCUCAGCUUCACAGGCCAGACUUGCUGUGAGUGAGAUGCCCACACUGCAGAGAUGCAGGACCCUCCCUUCCAAAAGGAACCAGCUGCCAUGUUGCUGAAAGUGGGCCCACACACAACCCUCAUUUCUCACGAGAGCUAACAGAUGAAAGCUCAGCUAUGCAGUGUUAAAAUUCAUCUCUUUCUCUGUGGUUUUUAAAAAAAUGCGUUUCUAAUCUUACACUUCCCAUGGCCUCCAACACAAAGUCCUUUCUCCACAUUUUUACCCUCUUCUCACAUGAAUGUUUUCCAAGGGAAGGAAGGGAGGGAAGCAGCCUUGGGAAAGGAUCCAUUUCUGGUGGUAAGGAGAGGGGGCCCUGCCAGGCUAAUAGGACUUCAGCCGCCACAGAGAUGACCAAAGACCACCUCCGCCAGGCCCAGCCGGUGCUUGCAGCCCUCCUACUGGUCAGGGGAGUCUAAAAUCAAAGACACAUGGUGGUAGGGUCACCAAACACCCCGUUUGCCCGAGACUGAAGGAUUUCUCAGGCUGUGGACAUUUAAUGCCAAAACCAGGACUAUCCGGGGCAAAGCGGGCUGUGGUGGUGUUCACCUUUGUGGAGCCAGGCAGCGUGUGGCCCAGGGAAAGCUGCGUUUCAUGGAGGCUUCCAGGAGGCUGCCCUGUAAAGCCAGGCAGGUAGCUUCAAGUGCCGGUCCUGCGAGUGCCCCGGUCCUGCGAGUGCCCCCGCUUCAGCUCUCAGGCCCAUCCAAUGCCUCGAGCCCACCGGGGUGUCCCGGCAGGUCUGCCUCAUCACGACCCAGUAACGCUGCUGGCCGUGUUCUCAUGCCCUCUUCCUGUGGCUGGCUAGUCAUGGGAAGUCCUGUUGGUUGAGUCAUCUUUGUCACUUCUACACAUUUGACUGUGUACAGGCUGAAUGUUGAGUGAUGCCUCCCCACCGUCUCAAUAAACACACACACACACACACACACACACACACACAAUGUUAUUAGGCACAGCAGCUCCAUCCUGCUCCCUGAGAAUGGCAGUACAGGCACAGAGAAGAGCAGUUGGGAAGACAGGCAGCUGGUCUACCCUGUCCCCGCACGCUUCACAGGCGCUCCACUGCUUGGCAGGAAUUCUGCAUGGCAUCUGCCACACGUGCUCACAGGGUGAAAAAUCAAGCUGUCACUCUGCCAAAUCUAAAAACCGUGGAAAGGUCUAUAAGAUGACAUUAGACCCAGUUAAGAAGCAAGUGUCACCUGAGUUGGCCAUGCAAUGAAUGAAUAUUAUAAGCAGUAUUGGAGAACUAGGCGGUUGCUUACUAAGAAGUGUCUUGGAAACAUUCGAGUUCAUACAGUGCAUGACAAAGUAAUAGAAGGCUGCAAGCGCUGAAAAUGCACCCAAAUCUGGUACCUAGGAUGAGUACAUGAAUAGUGAUGAAUAGCCCUUUGUGCUGUGUGCUAUAUACAACCAUUUGCAUUCAGAAAGCAGCAUUUGAAGCUGAGUUCCAUUACUGGUGAUUGAAGUAUUUUCAGGAGCAGAUACAUGCGGCGCAUGAUAUGCCCUUAGUUUGAAAGUAUCCCUCACCCAAAAAGUGCAGAACCUCUGAAAGGUGAGCCGUGGUGCAGGUGCCCCCUUCGCUGUUCGGGUCAGUUCUUGGCCGUGCUUGGCCUGUCACACGCCAGGUCUCAACAACAUCGUGCGAGGAGACAGUGACUGGUUUCAGCCCAAGAGUCGACUGUUGAGCAUGACCUCAGGAAGGCUAUACUGUCAUGAUACCACCAGGCUUCGGUUAAUUUCCUAUUGUUUUAGAAAGACAGGAGUUCUUGUGCUUUUGAGAGAGCUCUCCUGGUAAAAAGAGGUUGUCUUUGCACUGUGCUGGGUAUGAUUUGUUUUCUUAUAAAACAGGAAGAGAACCUAGAAUGUGCCUUUCAUGAAGGUCUGACAAAUGGGGUCGCAGAGUCCUAGAACCCGCACCGAGGUCAGAUUCCACCCAUAGAGGCUGAGCAUUUCUACGUGCACCCAGGGUGCUGGGCUGAGGCUAAGGGUGGACGCAUGGACCCCAUCAUAGGCUUCCUUCCCGAGCCCAAGUCCCCCAUUUGGUCACUAUCCCUUCUCAGAGCAAGUGGAUUCUCUUUCCCUCACUUGGAAUAUUCAGUGUUGAAGUAGUGGCCUGGAGUGGCCUUUCCCUCAGCUGCCUGUCUGGGCCCCCUGGCUUCCCGGAUCUUCAUCUCAUACCUGAGGGAAUAGGAGGAGUUUCCAUUCAUUGAGACAAACAGUGAGCAGGCACCAGCAGGCCAGCAGCUUGGCCCUCUUCACAGAGGUGGUCUUGGAGUCUGGAGUCUGGGCAGCUCUCUGCCUCCCUACGGCUCUGCUUCCCAGAGGGCACACGUGUCCGGAGCCUCAGAAUGAAGUGGUGCAGAGGCACAGGGCACACCCAGGAGAAGCACAACGACCACCAAAAGCCCUUGAGGAGAGACGGGGUUGCUGUGUUAGAGAAACGGCAACCCCCAGGACCACGCACGGCUCUGGCAGUGCGCAGUGGCUGAUUUUCACCAGUUCCUCCUGCCCCUGCCUCUGUCGGAGACUAGAAAACAUUCUCCCCCUUCAGGUCUUCUUUUGAAAGAAAAGAGCUAUGGCAAAGCGUGCCAUACAAAAUUAAAAAAAAGAAGAGUGGCUUUGCGUUCUUGACCAUGGCCACAAUUCUGGUCACUUCUAGCAUCUGACCUUGAGAACAGGGUAGAGGCUCUGAGCCACCGCUGGCCUUUGAGAGAGCCUCACUCUCCAGCUAGCUCUUCGUGUAGUGUCCAGGGUCCCGGCAGUCAGGAUAGAGCGAGCAAAAGAAGAUGGACAGGGCGCAGUGGCUCACGCCUGUAAUCCCAGCACUUUGGGAGGCCGAGCCGGGCAGAUCACAAGGUCAAGAGAUCAAGACCAUUCUGGCCAACAUGGUGAAACCCUGUCUCUACUAAAAAUACAAAAAUUAG